AUUUUCUCAUAAAAUUCCACCGAGAGUGUACGAAAGAUGAAGAGACGAUACAUUGUGGCUGUCUUAAGUGUUUUAGUAGUGCAGAUUAAUUGUGUAUAUCCCAACAAUUAUGUGCAAGAAGUGUUCAAAUGGAAGCGAGUUGAAUAUGAAAAUCUUCCUUUGCCAGAUAAUUCUUGGAUUGGACCCUACAAAUACCAUAUCCCAGAGAAUAAUGAUAUAGUGAGCACCGGGUACCAUCCUGCAAGUGGAUUGAUGAUGGUGACGGUUUUUAGGUGUAGACCUGGUGUGCCAAUAACUGUGGGAGCUUUCUGUGCUAAAAACUACAAAUACGGGUCGAGUCCUAAAAUUUGGGGCUUCCCAAACUACGAGCUCAACACACUUCAGGCCUCGGAUUAUGCAGAAGGGAGUGAAGAGGAUCAAACCCAGGUGGAAUAUUACAAACCAUAUCAAAACAUAAACUAUUUUAAUCAGAAAGUUACGCCAAAACAACCAUCAAAUAUUAAGAGAUUAAUCUCAGUUUUUCAUGCAAAUGUUGAUGAAAAAUGCAACAGAGUAUUCUUGCUAGAUGCUGGUGUUCUACAGUUCUACCCGUUCUACCCUAAUACAACGUACAUAGUACAGAAACCAGCUUUAGUCGAAAUCAGCCUUCCAUCGGAUGGAUGUAAAACGAGGAAUUUUCCCAUAACACGUCGAUCUGAAUUUCCAGAUAAAAUUAUUGCAAAGGGUAGUAAUGGAUUAAUGUAUAUAACUACGGAUUAUCAAUCAGAAGAUUCCUGCGAUGAUCUAUUCUUGUACAUUACAAAUCCCUUCUUCGCCUACCUCAUUGUCUAUGACUACAGAAAGGAUAAAUUCUGGGCAUUUGAUCAUCAAACAUUUCUACCAGUUAUUGCUGAAUCGAACUUUGUCUUCGAUAAAACGUUUAAAUACAAAUUAGGCUUAGGAGUUAUGUCAAUAUCCCUGGGCUAUCCAGAUGAGAAUAGAGAUCGUACUGCGUACUACAAUGCAUUUUCAAGUACAGCCCAAUAUGCAGUUUCAACAAAGAUCUUAAAGAACAGCAGACUUUCUCCCAAUAAGUUCAAUCCACGUGAUUUUAAAAUAAUCGGAUAUCGUGGGUGUGACCAACAAGUAGCCAAGGAAGUCAUAGACCUCACUUACGGAGUAAUCUUCUUCGCAGGAAUUCAAUCUCAUGAAAUAACCUGCUGGAAUAUCAACAAACCCCUCAAUCCGGACAAUAUUGGGGUAAUUUACAAGUCCAAUAAAAUUCUCUUCACCUCCCAGAUGUUUAUUGACUCACGAGGAUACCUCUGGUUCCACAUAAGUCACGUUCCAAUUGAAUUCUUAACACUUUUACCACUAAAUCUUCAAGAAGUAAAUUCACGAAUAUUCCGUGUAAAGAUUUCAGAUGCAAUUAGGGGAACUGUUUGUGAGAAUGCAGAUCAAUACAGACUAUCUGAUUUAUAUUAAAGUGAAUAAUUAAAAUUAAAAGCAAAAUUACAGAUAGAAAUAUUAUUUAGCAUCUCUAACUCUGUAGUCUGACCUCCAAAAAUCUUAAUUUGUGACAAACAAACAAACCGAAAAGAGACCACAAUUCAGCUAAUAUCUCGGUGGAGCAUAAAAUAUGCUUAAAAUAUGGUGCAGACGAAUGAAUUCAUUAAGAGAGAUCUGAAUUCGAUUCAUUUCUUCUCGCUCAAAACCUGUUUAAUCCAAAACUAAUACAGAGAGCAUAAAAAUCAGAUUUUAGAAUUAAUUAUUAAUCUGCAUAAAGCACUUUUUGAAUAUUUUUGCGAAAUUUCAUUCAUUUUCUUUCAAAUAAUAUAUUUGUUACUGAAUAAAAUAAAGCAGGUUUUCAUGAAUUAAAUCACAAUAUUUGUAAUCAAAGAAUAAAUCUUAUCAUUGAGGAGUCAAUGAGUCUUUAUAAUUUAUGCUUUCUGGAUGAUUAAUUUGUUUUUUAUUGUAAUUAAAAGUAAUAAAUAUUUUCUUUCAAUCAUGAAUUUUUAAUGCUCAAGAAAAAUUGAAUAAGAUUUUAAAGAUUAAAAACAAACCUCUAUAGGGUGAAAUGAGUUCAUUCGCUGAGAUAUGUAAGUAAUUAAAAAUGCAGAUGAGUAUCGAAUCUCCAAGAAAAGCCCACCACACUAUAAAAGACGAUCGUCAUCUUGUAACUAAAGUCAUUUGAUUCUGUUCUUCUUGUGAGUUAAGAAUGAAGAUCUUCGUCGUUUUUUUCUUUGCUUUUGCAUUCGCAAAAAUUUUGGCGUAUCCAAAGUAUUAUGCUGAAGAAGCUUUCAAGUGGAAGAAUAUCGAAUAUGAAGCUCUUUUGCAACCAGGUGCGUGCAGUGAGUGGAAACUUUAUUCAUUUUCUUAAGAAAAUUUGUGAAUUUUUGAUUCUAGAAAACUCCUACGUGGGUCCUUAUCCGUACUAUAUCCCGGAGAAUAAUGCAAUUGGUGGAAUGGCGUACCAUCCUGCCAGUGGAUUGAUGAUUGUGGAUAUCGUGAGACUCAGACCGGGAGUUCCAUUAACAUUGGGCGCAUUCUGCACGAGGGACUACAAAAAAGGAUCAAGCCCUAAAAUUUGGGGUUUUCCAGACUACGAAUUGAAUGCUCUGGAAGCAACGGAUUUUGCAAAUGAGAAAAUAAACAAGAGAUCAUGGGAUCAAGGAGGAUUCAAUCAGAGUCAAGAUUUUAGAACUCAUCAGAACUACGUUCAUAAGAUACCAAUUUAUGGUGAACCUCCUAAUGUUGCUAUUGAGCCUCUAUUUGAAAUUAAGCGCAUAAUUGCUGUCUUUCACACAACAAUCGAUGAGAAAUGCAAUCGUGUAUUCUUUGUGGAUAAUGGAGAGUUUCAGUACUACCAGAAUACCACCUACACUGUCCAGAAACCUUCUCUGUGGGUUCUAGGUAUUCCCGAAGAUGCUUGUACGAGCAGAAACUUCUCAGUUAUUCGUCGAUUGGAAGUUUCUGAUAGAAUAGCUGCAAAAGGAUCAGGAUUUACGCAAAUCUACCUCGACUACACGUCAGACUAUUGCGAUGAUCUCUUCCUCUACAUUACAAAUCCCUUCGUGGGCUACCUCAUGGUUUAUGACUACAGGAAAAGUGAAUUUUAUUACUUUGAUCAUGAAACCUUUCUUCCAAUUCUUUCGGAAUCUUAUUUAGUCUUUAAUGAGAAGUUUCAUUUUCAAAUGAACUUGGGAAUUUUCGCCAUUAGUCUAGGAUAUCCAGACAAGUAUGGGCAGAAGAUAGCUUACUACACGGACAUUGCUAGCACAGCUCAAUAUGAGGUUUCAACUGCAAUUCUCAGAGAUCGCAGAAAAUCUCCGGAAAAUUACAGAAAGGACGAUUUUAGGAUCAUGGGCUACCGUGGGGAUCACCAUCAAUGCUUCAAGACACUCAUUGACUACGAAACAGGCGUGAUGUUCUACUCUGAAGCUCAAUCAAAUCAAAUUCGUUGCUGGAACAUCAAGAGACCCCUCAAUCCUGACAACAUUGAUGUUGUUUUCGAAUCAGAAAAGUUUGAUUUUGGCCUUCAGAUGUUUUUGGACUCACAGGGAUACCUCUGGUUCCUCUACAACGUGGUACCGAUAAUCUGGGCUUCGGACAAACCUCUUGAUCUCAACCAAGUCAACACUAGAUUUUUCCGUAUGAAAGCAUCAGAAGUAAUUCGAGGAACAGUCUGUGAGAAUAUUUAAAUUUCUCAAUAAUGAAAGAACUUAACUGAAAGAAGAAUAAAAGAUCUUAUAAUUCAGGAUUAA